AUGGGCCACCUCAGGGCUCCCCUUUGGCCCGGGGUCAGUCCUCUCUUUCUCCUGCUUGCUGAAGCAGCUUUGGCGCCCCCACUCAACCUGCCUAACCCCAAGCUUGAGAGCAAAGCGGCCCUGCUGGCAGCCCGCGGGUCCGAAGACCUUCUGUGUUUCACAGAGAGAUUGGAGGACUUGGUGUGUUUCUGGGAGGAAGCGGCGAGCUCUAGGAUCGGCUCCCACAACUACAGCUUCUUUUACCAGCUCGAGGGUGAGCCACGGAAGCCGUGUCACCUGCACCAGGAACCCACUGCCCGUGGCGCGGUGCGCUUCUGGUGCUCGCUGCCUACGGCCGACACGUCGAGCUUCGUGCCCUUAGAGCUGCAAGUCACAGUGGCUUCCUCGGGUACUGUGCGCUAUCACCGUACCAUCCACAUCAACGAAGUGGUGCUCCUGGACGCCCCAGCAGGCCUGUUGGCACGGCAGGCCGAGGAGGGCGGCCACGUGGUGCUACGGUGGCUCCCGCCUCCUGGGGCACCUAUGACGACCCAAAUCCGCUACGAAGUGGAUGUCUCGGCCGGUCACGGUGCAGGAGGAUCGCAGAGGGUGGAGAUUUUGGAGGGUCGCACUGAGUGCGUGCUGAGCAAUCUGCGUGGAGCCACGCGCUACACCUUCGCAGUUCGUGCGCGUAUGGCCGAGCCGAGCUUCGGUGGUUUUUGGAGCGCCUGGUCUGAGCCUGUGUCGCUGCUGACUGCUAGCGACCUGGACCCCCUCAUCCUGACGCUCUCCCUCAUCCUGGUGCUAAUCCUGCUGCUGCUGGCCGUGCUUGCCUUGCUGUCCCACCGUCGGGCCCUGAAGCAGAAGAUCUGGCCUGGCAUUCCAAGCCCAGAGAGCGAGUUUGAGGGUCUCUUCACCACCCACAAGGGUAAUUUCCAGCUGUGGCUCUCCCAGCACGAUGGCUGUCUCUGGUGGAACCCCUGCACACCCUUCACAGAGGACCCACCAGCCCGCCUGGAAGUCCUUUCAGAGCGCUGCUGGGGGGUUACCCAGGCAGUGGAGCCAGAAGCAGAUGACAAGGGGCCUCUGCUGGAGCCAGUGGGCAAUGAACAUGCCCAGGACUCCUAUCUGGUGCUGGACAAGUGGUUGCUGCCCCAGAGCCCAUGCAGUGAGGACCUCUCAGGGCCUGAUGGCAGUGUGGACACAGUGGCUGUGGAUGAAGGUUCAGAAGCAUCCUCAUGCUCAUCUGCUUUGGUCUUAAAGCCCAGACAAGAGGGGGCCUCAGCUGCCAGCUUUGAGUACACCAUCCUGGACCCCAGCUCCCAGCUCCUGCGUCCUCGAGCACUGCCUCCUGAGCUGCCCCCCACCCCACCCCACCUGAAGUACUUGUACCUCGUGGUUUCUGAUUCAGGCAUCUCAACAGAUUACAGCUCAGGGGACUCCCAGGGAGCCCAAGGGGGCUCCUUCGAUAGCCCCUACUCCAACCUGUAUGAGAACAGCCCUGUCCCAACCCCUGAGCCUCUGUCCCCCAGCUAUGUGGCCUGCUCUUAG